AGCCUUAAAACAUGCCCAUGAUGGCUCACCCAGGACAUCGUCCAGUUAGACACCGACCAGCAAAGAAGCCUCAUCAUUAACAUGUUGCCCAGCGGCACACAAAACGUGAGCCUGGUCUACGCCUUGGUCUGGGCCAUCGACCACUAUUACGGCCGCUCCACGAGCACUGCCCUGGCGGUGGUUAAGUUCCCCACCAGUCGGGCCAGCCGUGGCCACCACAACGAUCUGAUCGACGAGGCUCUGGCCAGAUCCGCGGGCUCGGGACGGAUCAAGUUCCAGCUGGAGGACGACCACAUUGAAAGCACCACCAAUGGCACCGAUGAGAGUGAGCUGCCGCCGCCGAGCGGAGUGACGGGCAGGCCCAUUGCCAUCUGGUUCCUGGACAGCCUGCGCUCGUACUUCCGCCUGGAGCUGUACCUGAACCAGCUGGGCAGUCCCUACAAGCGGACCGGGAACUUUCUGCUGGUCUACACGGGCCUGGAGAGCCAGCCAAUGGAGUCCAUCAAGAUAAUGUUCCGGCGACUGCUUAACAUGUACGUGCUGAAUGUGAGCGUGUUCCUGCAGCGCAACGCGAGUGUCCACGUGUAUACCUACUACCCCUACGGACCGCAUCGCUGCCAGUCCUCGCUGCCCGUCUUUUACACGGCCUUCCAGGAGCUGGAGGCCGGCGUGGUCGGUCUGACCAAGCCGCUUUUCCCCAGCAAGUUGGCAAAUAUGCAUGGUUGCCAGCUGGUGGCCGCCACCUUUGAGCACCGGCCGUAUGUGAUCCUCGAGGACGAUCCGCUGCAGAAGGACGGCAACGACAGGAUCCUGCACGGCAUCGAGGGCAGAAUUGUGAAAACCCUCGCCGAACGCAUGAACUUCAGCAUUAAGCUGGUGGAGCCAAAGGACAAGGAUCGCGGCCAGAUCCAGCCGGACGGCAAUUACACGGGCAUACUCAAGAUGAUUGUCGACGGCGAGGCGAACCUCACCUUCGUGUGCUUCAUGUACAGCAAGGCUCGAUCGGAUCUGAUGCUGCCCAGCGUGUCCUACAUGAGUUUCCCCAUCGUCCUGUGCGUUCCAAGCGGCGGCUCUAUGACUCCGCUGCAACGCCUCACGCGUCCCUUCCGAUACAUCAUAUGGUCCUGCAUCCUCGGGAGCCUCCUCUUUGGCCUGCUGCUCAUCGGCCUGCUGCGUCUGAGGCAGCCGCAGGCACUGCAUUACCUGAUCCUAGGCAGGGCUAAUCACCGGGCCUGCCUGGGCAUGUGGAACGUCCUGCUGGGCGGCCUGGCUCUGUACCAUCCGCGGCGGAACUUUGCCCGGUUUUUGCUGCUGAUGUGGCUACUCCAGACGCUCGUCCUGCGGGCCGCCUAUACCGGGCAGCUUUACUUGCUACUGCAGGACGUGGAGAUGCGGGCGCCGCUUCAGAAGCUGUCCGAGGUGGUGGCCCAGGGCUAUGUGUUCCACAUGCUGCCCGCCCUGCAGAACAUCUUUCGGGAAUCGAUGACCGGCAUCCGGAUUCAUGUUGUGGCCAGUCACGAGGAGUCGCUGCUGCGGCUGCGAGAGGAGGACGAUCCGGGCAUAGCAGUACCAGUGCUCCAACCGACGGUGUACCAGUUUGACUACCGCUCCGGACCGAACCGGAGGCACCUAGCCGUGCUACCGCUGCCGCUGAUGACCGCCCCGCUGACGAUGUACAUGCGACCCCACUCGUAUCUCAAGCGACGCAUCGACCGCCUACUGAUGGCCAUGAUGUCCUCGGGCAUCGUGUUCCGCUUCCGGGGUAUGUACCUGGACCGCAUCGAGCGGAUGUCCAAGCGGCGACGCAGCAUGGAGCCCCAGUCGCUGACCCUCUGGCGGCUCUCUGGGAUCUUUGCCUGCUGCGGUGCCCUCCAGCUGCUGGCCGUCCUGGUCUUUGGCCUGGAGCUGCUCUCCGCCGCCACCGGGCAUCCCCAGUUACGCAGGGCUUUAAGCUUGUUAAAUGAUUUUAUUGCAUAA